CCGGCGGCGGUGGCGGCGGCUCGGGGUCCGUAGGUUCCUGAAGUACUGUGCCUGUGAGGUGCCGUCGUGGACCCUGGAGAGAGGCACAGGCACCCACAGCCCAUUGCAGUAAAUCCUCGAUUAACCUGAAACCUGCCCAGUGUCUGGGGAGCUGCUGCCACGGUACCCACAGAGAAGGCUGAAGUUCCAGCCGUAUGGAGCAGUCCAGGGCAGGCUGACAUUGGUCACCUCCCCCACAGAGAGGACCAGCAGCGGACUACAUUGCUAGGAGCCAAGGCCUGAGUGUGCUGAAGCCUGGAACACUCUGGAAAGCUGAGGCUGGUGUUGCUGCAGGUGGAGGGAGGAGCCCGGGAGAGACUGGGGCUCAUGCCCAGGAUCAGCAGAGCAGGGCAGGCAGAGUGGAGAGGGAGAGACUGAGGCACGGGAGGGGAGCAGGAGGAGAGGGAAGGGGCCUGUGAACCCCAGGACCAGCCGCCCCUCCCCAUGGCCUCCAAGCAGGCUGCCGGGAAGAGCAGAGGGGAGAAGCGGAAGAGGGUAGUGCUGACCCUGAAGGAGAAGAUCGACAUCUGCACACGCCUGGAAAGGGGGGAGAGCCGGAAGGCGCUGAUGCAGGAGUAUAACGUGGGCAUGUCCACCCUGUACGACAUCAAGGCCCAUAAGGCUCAGCUGCUCAGGUUCUUUGCCAACUCGGACUCUAACAAGGCACUGGAGCAGCGGCGCACCCUGCACACGCCCAAGCUCGAGCACCUGGACCGCGUGCUUUACGAGUGGUUCCUGGGGAAGCGCUCCGAGGGUGUCCCUGUGUCAGGCCCCAUGCUCAUCGAAAAGGCCAAGGACUUCUAUGAGCAGAUGCAGCUCACGGAGCCCUGUGUGUUCUCCGGAGGGUGGCUUUGGCGUUUCAAGGCCAGACACGGCAUUAAAAAGUUAGAUGCGUCCAGCGAGAAGCAGGUGGUUGACCACCAAGCGGCCGAGCAGUUCUGUGGGUUUUUCAGGAGCUUAACUGCUGAGCAUGGUCUGUCGCCUGAGCAGGUUUACAGUGCUGAUGAGACUGGCCUGUUCUGGCGGUGCCUGCCAAACCCCACCCCAGAAGGUGGGGCCAUGCCUGGCCUCAAACACAGCAAGGACAGGCUGACCAUCCUGAUGUGUGCCAAUGCCACGGGCUCCCACAGAAUCAAGCCCUUGGCCAUCGGGAAGUGUAGUGGCCCCAGGGCUUUCAAAGGCAUCCAGCACCUGCCUGUUGCCUAUAAAGCCCAAGGGAAUGCCUGGGUGGACAAGGAGAUUUUUUCUGAUUGGUUCCAUCAUAUCUUUGUUCCCUCAGUGAGAGAGCACUUCAGAACCAUAGGUUUGCCCGAAGACAGCAAGGCCAUUCUCUUGCUGGACAACUCCCGGGCUCACCCGCAGGAGUCUGAGUUGGUUUCCAAUAACAUUUUCACCAUCUUCCUGCCUCCCAGCGUUGCGUCAUUAAUUCAACCCAUGGAGCAGGGCAUUCGAAGGGACUUCAUGAGGAAUUUCAUCAACCCUCCCGUCACCCUACAGGGCUUCCACAGCCGCUACAGCAUGAAUGAUGCCAUAUUCAAUGUGGCCUGUGCCUGGAACGCGGUGCCCACCCAAGUCUUCAGACGGGCCUGGAGGAAGCUGUGGCCUGCGGUCACAUUUGCUGAAGGCUCUUCAGAAGAGGAAGGGGAGGAGGAGGAGGAGGAAGAGACAGACCACUUCAGAGCUAAGCCGCACAAUAAGACUUUUGCUCACAUCCUGAAGCUCGUGAAAGAGGGUCCCUGUUGCCCAGGCAACAGACUUCAUAAAAGUGAGGCCAAAGAGUGGGGUGCAGUGGAAGGGGAGGUGGAAGAGGUACGGUCCCCCGUUGCCAUGUCGCCAGCAGGGGCGGUUUGGAAUCCAGAAAAGGCAACAAAAGCCGGCCAAGACAGUGCAGGAGACUCUCGUGAGAGUGAGGAGGCAGCCUGGGAGCAGGCGGCCAUGUCCUUUGACGCGGUCAUCCGCUUUGCAGAGGGCCAGCCUUGCUUCUCCACACGGGAGGUGGGGCAGCUGCACACACUGCGGUCAGUGUUCAGGAGGCAACGGCAGAUGCGGAGGAGGCGCGUGGCUCUCAGGGCUGUGGUCAAAAUUGAAGCCCUCCAAGAGUGCCCUAGUGGUCGCGUGGCCUCAGCUUGUUCUCCUUUGCCCUGCUCGUCCACAGCAGAUGACUGAUGGCUGUCAUCGGCGCUUGCCUCUGGCCGCCAGUGCCUGUGGCUCUGUGCUCCCCAGCGGUGUGGUCAUUUGGCCCAGACUGUCUGCCUGAGAUGGGAGAGCACUCUGGGACAGAGAGUCAUGGGUGCCCACAAGUACGGAGUCUCAGUUACCAGAAUGGCCUGUUCCUUGCAUGUCCCUGGUAAUCAAGGUUUGACUUUAUCACCUCUCCCAUCAUCUGAAUGUGAGGAAAUAUUCUGGAAGGGUCCAGCCUAGCCUAAAACAGACCAGAGCCUUACCCUAGCUGGACCUGGGGCCAGGCUGGGCUGAUUCUGGUCUUGGGUUGGCUGGCUGAGCCUUGCUGUGUCGCAGGGCAGAGAUAUCUGUCUGUUCAAGUGGAGAAAAGCUGCCCUCCAGGCCGACAGGUGGCAGUACCUGCCACCACCAGAUAGGCUGCCAUACAUCCCAAGUUCCGGGGUCCACCUUUCCUGCCCCUCGGAAGGCCCAGUCUGCGGGGCUGGCAGCCAUCCCUGUGUUGGCUGGACCCCCAGCAUGGUGCCUGAGGACACAUAGUCCAGGGCUGGGACUCAGGUCGAGGCUGUGUGUCCGCAAGCCUCACUCGCAGCUGUAUAGGCAGCAUGUCAUUCCCUGUGUCUCCACUUCAGUCAUAGCCUCACUCAGCAGCGUGACUCUGGGAUGUUCCCUUGUUGCCAGCAGAUCUUAUCCCUUGGGCUCUGACUGCAAGGUGUGGGUGGCCGCCAUGUUGAGUUGACUUGGCGGAGUUCCUUUCCUUAAAGAAAGUAGGAAUGUCUGGCCAGGACCUGCUCAGUGCCCAGAUAGAGGAGCACGGGGCACUGUGUGGUGUUUUUAGCGCUUUGGCUCAGAGUCCAAUGUACAAUGUUCCCCAGAGUUUCUCACUUACAGCCUUUACAUGAAUAAAUCUUGAUUGGGCAUUCAGAAACUAGUCUUAGGUUUGCACAUAAGUCACUGAAGACAGUAAAACAGGCUACUUAGAUUUCCAGCAAUAUUUGUGCUUUUAUUCUCAGCUGUGACCACAUCAGUAAUAACAUUUUGGAAGGGUUGUCUGGACUGGGUGGUUUCAUAGAGGCUGGUGGUAGGAGGACGUCAUUAUCCGCUCCAUGUCUCUAGUGGAUUUGUAGCUUCUCCAUUUCCACAGCACCACUUGCUGCCUGAAGCUGCGAUUCCAGAAGGCCUUUGUCCACAGUGAUUAGCCUCUUCUUUGAAUGUACAUCAAAUAGGUUUAUUUUCCUACAUUCUUUUCACUGCUUUGUCCUUCAAUUUCAUUCCCUUCUUGAAUUCACAUCAUGGCAGCUGAAUUGGCACAGUUUUCGUUCUAGCUAUUUCUUCCACCAAGAGACCCUUGUUCCUGAGGGAAAGCAGUUUCUCCUAUUUUUACAUUUCUCUAAACACAGAGGUGGCAGUCAUUGCUGACAGCCCUAUGCCGUGGAAGUGUGUUUCUUGCUUUAAAUGCAUGUAUGAAGAUUGUACAUGAUUGGUUUUUACAGGUUUCAUUGCUGAUUCUUUGGGCCCUGUUACCGUGUGCUGUGUUGCUCACAUUGCUCCCGUCACAUGUCUGGGGUGGGUAGCAUUUUGACAUUGUGUACUUUGUCCCAUUUUCUCGGCUCCUGUGCAUCCCUCAUGGCUGAGCCUGACAACUGAGACUGUGAAAUUGCAGCUGCUUGAGGUGUCACAGGUUAGAUGCCAGCGGCCCAGGGCUUCCACAGCAGCAGGAUGUGCUGGGUGGGUGGAGCUGGGGUAGGGAGCAGGGUGGGGCAAGCAUAGUUCCUGGCUGGCUCUCCUGGGUUCCCCAGGGAUGGUCGGCCCAUAAGACUGUAACUCCUCAGGACCAGGACUCUUACCCCUCAUUGCCAUGACCUGCUCCUGUCCUGGCCGUGUUGGGGCCGAUCAGUCACCUACGUGGCUGGGGUGAUGUCUGUCCUCAGGGUGCUCCUCCUUCCAAAGCCAGCUGCAGCGAAGCCUGCUGGAGUCUGACCCUGAGCACAGCCUUCUGUGGCUGGGAUCCCUGGUAUGUCUCUGCGGAGGGUUCUCAUGAUGAGCAGUACUCAGGCCCUGCUCUUCCUGCAGCUCCGUGCUCUCCCGGGCUUGUGAGGUCUCCCUCAGUGUGAGGUUCAGGGGCUGUGUGCUCUGCGGGGCCUAGAGCUUGUUUGUCUCUGAGUUGCUGGGCCCAGCUACCAGGCGAGUGCCUCCUGCCUCCUGGGCUCUUGCAGAGACAGGCUGUGUCCUCUGGACAUGCUUUGUUCUUUUCUUCCCAACCAGUAUCUCAGAAGCUUAAGUGGUCAAAUGUUUUAGUUUCAGAAUCUUUUUUUCCUAAACCAUGUCAGGUGGACCCCACUGUGCCAUGUGCUGGGGUGGAGGUGCACAGGACCACGUCUCUUCACUUUGCUUCCAGUGGCUGCUGAGGCCCCUCAGGAAGCCCUGGGCUCUCCAGAGCACAGUGUGAGAAUCGUGUCUAGUCCCACCUAAAUGCCUUCUCCCUUCUCACAGUGGCCCCAAAGGCACUAGCCUCAGGUCCUCACUGUCUGGUGGGGAUUGGUAGAUACUGCGCACUCUCAUUUGGUACCUUAGUGGCUUUUCCUGUCCCACCAGGAAAGCCAUUUUCAACCAGUGUGCUCACCUCAAGUGAUGCCUCUGAGUACUCAGGACCAAGGGUGUGCACCUGUAUUCCUAUCCUAGUGGCAGGACCCUUGGCCACCAUACAUCCCAGGGUGUUGGUACCCCCACACCCCACCUUCCUUACAAGCAAGUGUCACCAGUGCACUUGUCAGGCACCCCCAGUUGUCACCAUUUAGGACUCUGUGGGUCAUUUCCUGGGAAUUCCAUUUGCCAACCUUGAUCUUCCUGUCUCUUGAUGUUCAGGAUGAGUUAGAGGACCCACAGCGUCCUUAGCAGUGCCAGAACAGGACUCGGUCUCUCUGCUCUUCCUAAUAGGUAUGAGGAGUCUGACGUCCCCAGUGCUGGACACCUUGUAGGUGUCAGUCACUACCUGUUGAAUGAAUGAGUUGGGCAUCAUAUCCUGGGUGAUGCCUGCAGCACUGGAAUCUAGGGAAAGGAGACAGAGCAUCUGGUGGGAAAGUUGGAACGUCCUGCAGUUGCAGCUUCCCUGACUUGGGAAAGGCAGCCUCUGCCCUGGGCAGCUCCCCAUCCCUAGGGGUGGGCAAGCAGAGGCUGUAUUCACAGGGCAGUGUAGAUGGAAUUCAGGUGUCCGUUUGGAGGUGGGAUAAGUAGGUGGUCUUUAAGCCCCUUCUAUGUUGGAGUCAGUGCCCAGAGCACCUGCUUCCCAGUGGUAGGGUGUGUACUGCUUGUGCCAGCCUGGCUGGCUGUGGGUGCCCCAGGGACUGUCCUGGAAGUUGUCUGUCUCAAGCACAUGAAGGUGUAGAACCGACCCUGCCGCUCACCAGUAGUUCCUGUUGGGGGCAGGGGCAGACAACUUGUGCCCUGGACCCACAUGUGUGUUAUCUUUACAUAAGCCUCAUUCACAAUUAGCCACUGCAGAGCAGAUGGGAAGAAGGCAGCUCUGGUCUCCCCUGAGGCCAGCAGGCCGCAGCACUUGUCCGGUGGACUGAGGGAGGGUGGGCGUGUGGAUAGACUCACCAGUGGAUGAGGUGAUGGAAGAAAAAAGGGUGGAAGGAAGUUGUAGCCCCUUCUCAUGAUCUCUUCCACUCAGUCUUCCAAGGCUAGGAGGCCAGAGUCCCCUGGGAGGCAGCUCAGGGCCACAGCGGCCAGAUGAGUUUCUGGGCGGCAGGAUUUGAGGCAGGGGUGUGCGAAAGGCGCAGACUGCUUCCAUUCCUGGGAGGCUGUGGCAUGGGGCAGCAAAAUUUGGGACAAACUGAGACCCACCCACACUGCACCUGAGAGGUCCUACCUUAGCCCCUUUGCAGGGAGGAAGCUUCCACAGGCACCCCUGUUGGGGUUUUCCUGGGACAUAAAUGUGCUUAUGUGGGGCUUAGGGUGUGGAAGUUACAGUGUGGACUGGUGCGGAGUGGCAAUCAUAAGGGCAGC